GCCCCAAAUUUUCAAUAUGUGUUAGUACGUCACUUAGGGACUUGUACAUUUUAAGACACUGUUCUUUCUUCUUGCAUGUCAUACUUCAAUUGCUACAUCUCCAUGACUAUGCUCUGAUACUGGAAAGUGGCAUACAUUGCUUUGAGUUGGUUUUCUUCAUUGUAAGCUUAGGUUGACCUGGAAGGAUCACUUUACAAUCCUGUGGAGCAGCUAUCAUCUAUUUCAAGCAUUUAAAUUAAACAUAAUAAAUUCAGUCAUUUUACAUGGAACAAAAGAGCAUUUAAAUUUGUCAAAUCAUUGUUUUUGCUCCCUUUUAGGAAAUUGAAGCAGAAGUCAUUGAAUUUCUUGAUCUGUCAUUUAAGAGUGCUCAUUCUACAGAAGCUGCCUUUGAUAUGCUUUUAAAUUUCAAGUAUAACCAUUCUAGGCCAGCUGUCAGAAGUCAACUGAGGAAAAAACAUAAUGAAAUCUUGGUCAAGUAUGCACAAGAGAUUGAUACUAUAAGCAAUAUGUUUGAACAGAAUCGUGAUAAUCCAUUUCUUAGUAAGAAUAACCCACCUGUGGCAGGAUCAAUAGUUUGGGAGAAGUCUUUGUUUCGUCACCUAAAACACACUAUUUUUCGCUUAAUGGAGGAUAAAGAAAUAAUGAAUACUGAUCAGGGCAAGGAGGUUAGGUCUAUGUACAUUCAAGUUGGAAUACAAAUGAGGCAGUAUGAAGUGACACAGUAUUUGAAAUGGCAUGAGACAGCAGAGCAGUUUAUUCCUUCUCUACUAACACAAACUCUGCUUCUAAAAUAUAAGACUUCUAAAGCUGAAGAUGUUUCAGAUGAUAUGUUCAUUUCAGUAAAGACGGAACUUGACAUUAAAAACAUGCAGUACACAAUCAAUUUUUCCCCUGAGGUGAAAGAAAUAAUUUUGGAAGCCAAAUAUAUGGAUCUUCUUGGCUUUUCAGUGCCACAACUAGUGAGACAUGUUGCUUUACAAGAAAACAAAUUCCACAGGGAUAUUUCUAGGCUGAAAAAUAUGCUAAAGCGAUUUCACAGCCUAAUGAACCUAAUUAAUGAUGUGGAAUGUUACCUUCUAGAUGGCCAUGUGCAGGACCUUCAGAGUGUUCUUCAGUAUGGAUGCAAAAGAUUAAAUUGGUUUUCUUUAGGCAUUUCCAACUAUAUUGACCGGUGCAUGAAAGCCAUUGCAAAAUUCAAGCGACUAUUGAAUCAGGUGAAAAAAAAUGCACAAGAUAUCGAAAAUAAAUUGCUCAUUAUAGAAUCUGCCAACCUGUUUGAGUAUCCAGUACCACAGAAUAAUACCAGUCUUUUCGGAAUAGAGGAUUUUUUUAAUUACAUGAAAGAAGAAAGAGCAAAAGAAGUAGCAUAUUUGUACCGAAAAUACAAAGCCAUUAGCCCACUGUUAAUCAAAAUUGAAAGCCUAGUUCUUAACACAGACAGCGGGAAAGCUCCAAAGAUGGAAAAGUAUUAUACACACUGGGAAUACAAGGUGUACAACGCCCUUACUACUAUGAUUGUGAAAAAUAUACAUUCAUUUAGUGCAAAUUUGAUGGAGAAGGGGCCACUCUUCCAAGUUGAAACAUCUGUAUCUCCCUCUGAUAUUACAUUGCAUCCUAAUGCUCUGGAAAUAUAUGAUCUCACAAUGCAGUGCUUUACAGAUUGUUUGGACACUUCCAAGGUAACUUUGGUAAAGUUCAAGUUAUUAUUGCAGGUUGGUUAUUUGUAUUCAACCAAUAAACUCAAAAAUUUUAAAUUAAAUUAAAAACACUUUUUCUAAAAGUACAGCAUGAAGCAAUGUAUCUAUAACAAUGUAAAACACAUUUUGACAAGAAAGGGCCAUUCAGCCCAAUAAAUCAAAUAAUUUUCUAU